AGAUAUGUUUUGUACGUUUUGUGUAUCAAGUAUUUACAAAUGACAUGGUCAUCCAACCUCAACACGGAUAGUUUAUAGUGAAGUGUAUCGUAAUUAAGUCUUAAAAAGAUCUGAAAAAUGGGUGCAAUAAAGAACUACUUUAAACAACAGUUCCAAACUAGCAUGUGGACGUUACAAUAUGAAUCAGCAUCAGAUUUCUACUUAUGUUCUUUCCAAAAAAACGUUUCGCCUUUACCUUCAAUUUUAAUACGAGGAUUUCUAUUCUUGAGCGGCUGUGCCAUUAUAAUAGCGUCGAUUAUACUUACCUCAGAAUACGGUGUUGGAGCGUAUUGGCCGAUUUAUUUAACCCAUUGGGGUCUUCUGUUUCUAACUGUUGCAAGUGGUUUUGGAUUUGUAAUAGCUGUUAUAGCGUACCUCCAAGGAUCCAUCGAUGAUACUUUUGGUCUGCCAUGGUAUAUCAAGGUUUAUUGGGCGACUUAUAAUAUAGCGAUCCCGUUAGCAUUUUUCAUCACCGUUUUCUAUUGGAUAUUUUUAGCUAAUGCCAGCGAAGAUUUUGCCGUUAACUUCGUCCUGGACAUGUUCAUCCACGCAGUGAACAGCAUCUUGAUGCUGAUCCUUUUGUUCAGCGCCCGGCAGCCCUCUAACGCGCUGCACUUUUACUUCCUCAUUGUUCUUUCCAUCAUCUACGUUAUAUUCACCGUGAUAUAUUACGCCGCUGGAGGCACCGAUCCAUUCGGAAACCCUUUUAUUUACCCUGUAUUAAAUUGGUCCGAUCCAGGAGCAUCAGUGAUUAUGAUCAUUAUUUCUAUUAUUUUGGUCACGAUAAUUCACUUCAUCACGGUAUUGCUCAGUCUUGCAAGGGAUGCCUUGGGCCGUACCUGUCGAAACGAGAAUACAUUUGACCUAGCUUAUUGAAGACAAACUCUCAUAAUAUUUUAGGUACCUAGGUACUUAUUUUCUUAUAAAGUUAUUUUUUUUUGGAA